AUGUGUCACUCUAUUGUUUGGUAUUAUGCCCUAUGCCAACACCUAGAUGAAGCCCAAUCACUCAUAAUUGCAUGCGACAGGGCGACAACAACGGGUUACGACUGUCUCCCCACUGAUCAGCCAACACUUUCUCUUCCCAUCUCGGGAGCUUGCUACCCCUGCAAACACCAAUAUCGGAAGGAAGCAUACAUGAUGCAGCCUGAGACUGCAAAGCCGAGCCCUGAGGUCGAGAUUGAAGCUGCAGCUGGAACUGGAGCUGAGACUGAAGCUAGAGAUGAGACCAAUGCUGAAGUCCAAACUAGGAAUGACAAACGAGACGUUGGAAAUGAGGAUUAUGACGAUACAAUGCCCGAGCCCGACCCUAUUCCCGGCUAUCAUACGCAUCUCUAUCCCCAGCUAGAGGGAUAUGUCAAGAAAAAGUCUAAUUGGGAAUCGCUGGAAGAGAUUGAAGUUGAAGAUGGGGAUGAAGAGUCUGAGGAGCCGUGCAAGUCAUCUUUCUUCUUGGAUGAUGAAGAGUCUCUUGUUUCUUCGCCAGUGUCGGAAAAGUGGUGUGGAAAUGAGUUCGAUGUCCCGGAUUCACCUACCUUUGGAUGCAUUGCUGAGAAGUGGAGAUCUACAUCUCUGCCUUGUCCGACUAUUCAGCGACAGUCAAGGAUCCCAGUACCUGUGCCUGGUAAUGAGGCGACAAAGCGUCACAAUACUUGGAAUACCUAUGAGUUGGAAUUAUUCGACGAACUUACUUUCUGA